AUGGCGUGGGAUUACAACUCCCAGAGUUCCCAGCCACGCAAGAUGCUGCGUUGGGGUCUGCUUGGCCAUUCUCACCCGGCGCCCGGCCUGCGGGCUAUCCUGGAUGGUGACCAUGGAGAACGAGCCCCCGAUCACAGCAGCAGCAGCAGCGGUGGGCGCCAGGCGGGGCCCCAGAUCUCCGUGUACAGCGGGAUCCCCGACCGCCAGACGGUCCAGGUGAUCCAGCAAGCUUUGCACCGGCAGCCGAACACAGCCGCCCAAUACCUGCAGCAGAUGUACGCCGCCCAGCAGCAGCAUCUGAUGCUCCAGACCGCCGCCCUCCAGCAGCAGCACCUGGGGAGCACCCAGCUCCAAAGCUUGGCUGCCAUCCAGCAGGCAAGCUUGGCAGCCAAUCGACAGGGCGUCUCCUCCAGUUCCAACGGGGCCGCCCAGACCCCCCCGCAGCAGCCCACGAUAAACUUGGCCGCCUCCCCAGCGGCAGCCCAGCUCAUUAACCGGGCCCAGAGUGUGAAUUCCGCAGCCGCCACUGCCUCGGGCAUUGCCCAGCAAGCCGUCCUUUUGGGCAACACCAGCAACCCCACCCUGAGCGCCAGCCAGGCGCAAAUGUAUCUCCGUGCACAGAUGGCCCAGCAGAGCAGUUUAAUGCAAGUAGCUAGGAGCCUAGGGCGUGCUGUUCCUUUGUCCCCUCAGCUCAUCUUCACGCCCACGGUCGCCGCGGUUCAGCCCGAGGGGGCCAGCAGCGUCAUGCAGCCGCCCACCACCACCGCACCUCAGGGGCAGAACUCGGCCCUCCGCGCUCAGCAGGCUGUGAGGAACUCCCCGGGCCAGCAGCCGCCCGCCUUGGCGAUCAAACCUGCUCUGAAUAACAGCAGCCACGUCCCCUCGUCCUCCUCCUCCACCUCGCCCGCUGCCCAGGCCAAGGGGGCCAAGGAAGGCCUGUCUGAGCUUCUCUCCGAGCACCUUAAGAAAGGCGAAGGGGGCGGGGGAGGCAGCAGCAGCAGCAAUGGGACGGCUGCUGCCUUGGAUGGACGAGGCGGCACCCUCAACCGGACGGGCCCCCCCCCUACCACUCAUCCGCUGAUUGCCCCGGCCUAUUCUCAAGUCCAGACCCAGCCGCUGAUGCAGCAGCAGCAGCAGCAGGUGCAGACAAAGCCCCUUCAGCACCAGUUUGUCAUCCAGCAGCAGCUUCAGCCCAGACCGCCCCACCUGCAAGGCUUCCCCACCCCGGCCCCCGGCCUCA